AUGGACGGGCAAGACGACAAUCGAUACCUCAAGUCAACUUUUCUACGCCUUAACCCCUCCAAAAUCAUCAAGCCUCCAACAAAAGCUUUCGAUUUGGUAGGAUUUGCCUGCCCUCCAUGUCUCGCCCUUGGAGUCAUGACACCUCUGAAGUACAUCUGUUUCAAAAAUCAAGCGUGGACCGUGGCGUGUGGGCUCCCUCUACCGCCCCAGCUGCCAAGUCAACCUAAGCCCAGAGGACACUUUUAUCGGACGUGGGCAGUUCCCCAGCUCACUUACGAGAUCGCAAUGACCAACUCCAGGCGUUGGCCCGUGGUUCCUUUCGCUCAUCCAUUCCCAGUCCAGGGCCCACCUGGCCCAAAUGCUACCCCCAGUCAAAGGCUACUCAAUCAGCUACUUGGUCCUGCACCCGCCUCCAGUUCAACGAAGACGGAUCAUGGACUCAUUUGCAACGGGGUUGAGGGCAAGACUGCCUCUCAUCAAAUGGGCGAACGUCGUAAAGGGAACUCGCAAUGCUUUUACAAAGCAUGUGUCUCUUGUUGUCAAACCCACGGUGUUCACAAAUGCACGGCCAAACGUCACAACCACAACAAACCUGCCAUGUCCCCGGAGCCUGUUGCUUCCGAUCUGCCUCACCAUGUCAUGAAUUGCACCUCUAAGCAACCACGACCAGCGACCUCACGGCCUCAAUCACAAGCUACUCACAACAAACUGCCUCACCAGAGCGUGCAGACCGGAGGCCUAAUUGCUCACGAUUGCACCACUCAACAGCUAGCCAGAUUUAUUGAUUUACGUUCCAAGCGAGAUCAUGAAAUGUCGACCAACAAGCAAAUCGAGAUUAACAAGAAGAACGUAGUCAAUGUCAUUGCAUGGCUCAAGGCGGACAAAGAUCCACGUUUAAUUACCUUUCUCGCGCCAAAGUGGCCGGCUUUCUCCCUAGAGCAGUGUUUGCCAUUGGUAGAAGAUGCUGCAGUUGCCGAAGCGCUCUCUGUGGGACAUUGGUCAUGCACGCUGCAUCUAUGGUGCUCAAAGUUUAAAGGAUGGCGUGACCUUCCCAUCCACCUACCUGAACGCCUGCCCGCUCAUCAUCCACACAGCAUUUUUGUCAAACUUCAGGGGAUUGACACGGCUCAAUGCCACCGCCUCGAUUGGUUCCUCUACACCACAUACGCGGGUGAUGACCCUACUCCUACUCUGUCAACCUCUACCAGUCCCUCUCGCCGCUGUCUGGCUGGACCCAGUGGAUCUACGGCAGAUAAAACUCCUCGCGUGGAAGAUAACACUCCUCAUGUGGAAGAUGGAGACAGAAAAAGGGAAAUCAUCUUCGUCGGCGAAUCGACCUCACAACCAGGCCGGCCACCAGCUCCCAUUUCAGCUCAACCAGGUCCAUGUCCAUCUAGCCCAGCUUCUGUCGCUUCCAAAAAAAAAGAACAGUAUAAUGAAGUCCAUCAACAAGCAUGUUGGCCAAACCUUGAGGCACCUAUGCGCGAUUUGGAGGACUGGAUCAACCUGACCUCGACGGGGUUAGAUAGGAUGCAAGCUUGGAAAGUGGCCUUUGGCGACUUUUUUCUACGAAUGGAAAGCACAAUCCAUCGCUAUGGUCGGUGGAUUUGCAAGCUGGUUAAAGAUAACAAACUAGGCCCAUGGGAAGCGGAGCAGCACGCUGCCGGCAAGGACGUCACCAUCCUUGCAGCGCGAAACCACUUCCACCGUGAGUUUGCCGGAUCAUCAAAAAACGAAGAAAAGCAAGCUUCGGUCACUGAACACACUGAAGAGACUGGACAAUCCACGAAAAAAAGGAAAAGGGGGCAUUCUCAAAGUACAUACGCAUUUAGUCCUGUCAGAGAUGUUUCGACUAAUUUAAUCUCUGCCCCUUGCUUGCGAGAUGAUCAUCGCUCAACUUUCAAACUUAAAGCAAGGGCAAUGGCUACUCACGUUGUUUCAAUCUUUGUCCGUAUGAUGAAUAACCGGGAGAAAGUUUUAAGCAGGGUAGUAGAGCCUAACCAGAGCCAUCCCGCGAGGAUGUUGGUUGUUACCAAUACCGGCGGGAACAACAAUACGACCUGCACUACCCUGGAACCAGAUCGAUCUGAAAGUAUAUUUGUCCGUAUGAUGAACCGCCGGGAGAAAGCUGAGCCAAAGAAGACCAUAGUAGAUUUAGAUUUGCACAAGAUGACGUUGCACUCACUUAUUGGAAUGGCAAAUUUCGCGUUAUCAAAAGACGUCAUAGCACAAUUCGACACCCUCCACUUAGGCAAUGUUACUCUGCCCAUCCUUGAGUUCAACCCAGCUACUCCAAUGUGCGAUGCGAAUGUCACCAUGCUUGUGCUUACAUGUGAUCAAGGCGGUGAACCCGGAUUCAAAAGUCGUACGGCUAAGCUCACUGUCACAAAGAAACUAGACAGCCCCCGCAAAUUAUCAGUGUACACGGGAAUUGCACAGUCAAACUUGCAUAUUGCGAUUAGCCUUGCUCGGUUUUGCAAACACCUGACCAAUCUUUUGCAACCACAUGAUUUCACCGCUGACAAACGCGUCGUAAUUCAGGGGUUGCAAGUAGGUUUCUUUUCUCUUGUACUACGGUUGGAAGAUGUCGCUCAGUGGGCUCUACUACAGUUUCAGGAAAACAUGGUUGGGAUACUCCAGCCCCCGAACACACCGCCAGCUGCCCACCCGCAUCUUGAAUGCUUCACCGCGGAAGAGUUACUGUGCGAUCCACGUGAAAAGUACAGCUCAGAAACUUCUUUCAAGGGUCCACCCCGAGAGCACGUAGGAUGUCCUGUCCGUUUGUUACUUGAGGCAUUCUCGCAUUGGUCUUACGAAGCCAGCAAUCGGAGUAGUGUUAUUUGUGGUUUCCAGGGUGUAGGGACUAUCAUUACCGAAGCUGUUAUUCAUGAUGUGGAGCGAAGAUGGACCAUAGGAAACCUUGGGGUCUCAUGGGUUGACUAUUUCCCCAAGCAGCACGUAUGCAGAAAGUUUUGUCACAAGCAGGGUAUUGCUUUUCCAAAGCUUGCCCCUAAACCCAUUGUGUCGGAGGAGGACUGGUGA